AUGAGUACGACACCAGGUCUUGGUGCAUUUAAUAGGGAUAAAGUGGCUAAUAAAUUCGGUAUUCAAUUGAAGCCUAAAGAUGCACCUUCAACUAAGCGACCUUCAACAUCAGCGAUUGAUUAUAAACCGACGGCAACGACGUCGACGACGACGGCGGCAACAACUGGAUUAUCUAUUGUAUCCAAAAAUAAGACGAUUAACGAUUUUCGCACGGAAAAGAACACAAAUGGUUUUCUAUCGACUAGUAAUCAUUCUCCUGUUUCGAAACCAAUUCCGGAUAAAGUUUCAACAAGUAAAUCAACUUCAAAUCUUCUGAACACAUCUGUUGAGAGUCAACGAAAAAAUUCAUUGACCACCAAUGUCAAUCAUUCCACGACAAAAUCCAGAGAACCUUCGCCUGCUCCACUGAAACGAGCUGUUUCACCGGCGCCACCUGUUAAAAAACCAACUACAUCAUCUCCAAAAACUGAAGCUCAAAUUGAACACCAAAAAGAUCAACCCUUAUACCGAAGACAAUUAUCCAAACCCUUGGAAAAUCAUUCCUCAACAGCAAAUGUGCCUGCAACUACAACAACAACAACGAAAACACCACCACCAGUGGCAUCACCGGCGGCCUCGACAGGUUCAUUGAGAAGGUAA